CAGAAGCAUAACUGGCACAAGUACUGAUAGAGCAAUCCUACACAGAACAAGGGACGUAUCUCAUACUCGUGAACCGUUCUAAAAUGUGUAAACUAUUGGCAAAAAAAUUGUAAUUCAUAUAUUGUGCGAAUAUGUGUAAGCCAAUUUUUUUUAUCAGAUAGGUUUCAAAUCGGAUUUGUCUAACCACAUCAAGUUUUGCCGAAUAUAAAUCUAUUUACAAACUUGACCAACCACAUGGUCACGCACGAUCCCGAUGCACUGGUCAAAUGCGAGAUUUGCGGUAUGACUUCCAAAAAUAGAGUCGCCUUAAAUGCCCACGUGUUCAGAUUUCACAGCAACCGGAAGCGACCAAGUUGUGACGCGUGUCACCGGGUGUUUCUCAAUUCGGCCAACUUACGGCAACAUAUUAAGAACGUCCACAGCACUGUGGAGCGACCUCGUUUCCCGUGCUGGUAUCCCGGGUGCGAAAAAUCCUACAAGUUCAAGCAGGACGUUUCGAAGCACGUAAAAGCUGAACAUGCCGAGAAUCCGGUCCGAUUUACGUGCACACUUUGCGAAAAAGAAUUCAAAACUAGGGGUGACCUUGAGAGUCACAUUCACACCCACACGACGGAGAAGCCGUUCAAGUGUGCAACUUGUGGGAGGCGUUUCUCCCACAAAUCAAAUAUGAAAAGCCACGAGACGACGCAUUUGGAAAAAUCUGCCCGAAACGUGUCAAAAUGUCACCUCUGUCCUCAGACCUUCUUAACUAGAAUUGGUCUACAGCUGCAUAUCCGAAUUUUACAUGAAAAUCGGAGGAAUUAUCCCUGCGCAUUUUGCAAUGAGAGAUUCUCCAGGUCAUCGAACUUGAAGCGUCACGUGGAGGCGAAACAUGGCGCGAAUAAAGAGCUCAUCCAUUCCUGCGACAAGUGCGAGUACGAGAGCAAGUCGAAACAAAAUCUGGCCAGGCACAAGGCUCGGCACGAGGCUGGGAAUCGAGGAUGCUACUUCUGCGGGAAGAAAUUCGUCACUUUUUACGAAUUGGUCAAACAUUGUCGAGUUCAUACUUUAGAAGCGUAAUACUUCGGUGGAAUAUGCGCAUCAAAAAUUUUGGAGCUUUUUUUUUUUACUAAACUUGUACAAAUAUAGAUACAUACAUAUAUAUAAACCUCAA